CUCAAUGGCCCAAGCCCCUGCAGCUGAGUCGUGCAACGACAACUACUGACCAGUGACAAUAUGUGUAGAAUCUCACAGGUAAAGUCAAUUAUCAUGUUUGAAAGUAUGAAUUCAAAAGACAUUAUAAAGCUCAGUCUGUCUCUCUUUUCGCUCAUUUCUUCUUUCUCUAUAUCCCACCAUUCAUUCUAUCCCGUGUUCUCCUCGGCACUUUUUUCGCCCCACGAUCCGCCUACACUCGAACAAUAAUUCAAAGUAAAUAUCACUUUCUUUCACAAUGUCCGGGAAGAAACCAGUUCUAGUCUUCUGUCCUGGAGCGUGGUGUGACCCUGGAUACUUCCGAUUCACCAUAGACAUUCUCACGAAAGCUGGCUUCACUUGCUUGACGGUCUCUUUACCCAGUGUCGGCUCAGAACUAAGACCCAAAGAUGCGCCCCCCAUUACCCAUGGCCUACAAACGGAUGCGCAGGCCGUCCGAGAUAUCAUCAUCCCGCAGCUUGACGCCGGACAUAACGUAGUAGCCGUCUGUCACAGCUACGGCGGCGUAGUGACGGCUGAAGCAGUCAAGGGCUUAGAUGCUGCCUCGCGCGGUCCCAAUGCCACCGCCGUCAUUCGCAUGAUUUAUGUCGCCGCGAUCGUCUUAGAUGUCGGUGGCAAGGUGUGGCCCGAAGAUCCGCCACAAGAGGAAUUUAUCGCUGACGGUGAUCUCUGCUGGCGUAACCCCGAUGCUCCUGGUACCGAGGCCUGGGUCCCUGACUUCAACGAGGAGCAGACGAAGCUUCUCAUGGCAUCCAUACGCAGCCAUAGGCGGCAGUGUUUCUACGACGUCACGACGUACGUCGGCUGGCGCGACAUUCCCAGCACUUAUGUGAGAGCUACGAAAGAUCUCAUGCCUGACAUGAUUACCGCGGCCCCUGAAGGCCAUAAGUUUGAGGAAAUCCUGGAGAUCGACACUGGUCACUUCUGUUUCACCAAUGCGCCAGAACAGGUGGCCGACAUUAUCCAGAAGACCGCAGAGAAAGCAGCGGCCAGCGCGGCCGCCGAAUAAAGGUGAUUAAUGACAUUGGGGAAAUCUAAUUGAUGCUGCUGCUAUAUGAUUAUUAUGCAUCCUAAGCUCUCUACUUACUAUAAGAUACUUGAUGUAUUAAAACUGUAUACUAUUAUCUAUAUAUACUACUGCCUGAUGAG